AUGGGCGAGUGCGGAGGCCCCGGGGACGUCAACUCCAACGUGCUCAUCGCCCGCAGCACCGGCGACGCGCAGCUGGACAAGGCGGUGUGGCAGUGGCUGAGCUGGGACAAGAACCAAAAAACAAAAGAACAGAUUGAAAGCUUGUUAGAGAAUGGAAAGCAUAAAGAGUUACGGGAUCGUCUCUGCUGCAGGCUGACCUUUGGGACUGCCGGGCUUCGCUCUGCUAUGGGAGCAGGCUUUUGCUACAUUAAUGAUCUUACGGUGAUCCAAUCAACACAGGGGAUCUACAAGUAUCUUGAGAGGUGUUUUUCAGACUUUAAGCAGAGAGGCUUUGUUGUUGGAUAUGACACACGAGGUCAGGUGACCAGCAACUGCAGCAGUAAGAAACUUGCAAAGCUCACUGCAGCAGUCCUACUGGCUAAAGAUGUACCCGUAUACUUCUUUUCCACCUAUGUCCCUACGCCGUUUGUGCCCUAUGCUGUUCAGCAGCUCAAAGCUGUGGCUGGUGUGAUGAUCACAGCAUCCCACAACCGGAAGGAGGACAACGGAUACAAGGUUUAUUGGGAAAAUGGAGCACAGAUCACCUCUCCUCAUGAUAAGGAAAUUAUAAAAUGUAUAGAAGAGUGUGUUGAACCAUGGAAUGGCUCUUGGAAUGAGAAUCUAGUAGACACCAGUCCCCUUAGACAGGAUCCUCUGAAGAAAAUUUGUGACUGUUACAUGGAGGAUCUGAAAAAGAUCUGUUAUCAUAGGGAGCUAAAUGUGCAAACAAAUUUGAAGUUUGUUCAUACAUCUUUUCAUGGAGUUGGACAUGACUACGUGCAGUUGGCUUUCAAAGCAUUUGGCUUUCAGCCCCCCAUUCCAGUACCUGAACAAAAAGAUCCAGAUCCAGACUUCUCUACUGUCAAAUGCCCAAAUCCUGAAGAAGGAGAAUCUGUGCUGGAGUUGUCACUGAGGCUUGCAGAGAAGGAAAAUGCUAAAGUAGUAGUGGCCACUGAUCCAGACGCAGAUAGACUAGCUGUGGCAGAGCUGCAGGAAAAUGGCUGCUGGAAGGUGUUCACUGGCAACGAGCUGGCAGCUUUAUUUGGGUGGUGGAUGUUUUCUUGCUGGAAGGAAAACUGCUCCGAAGAUGCCGAUGUGAAAGAUGUUUACAUGUUAGCGACCACAGUCUCCUCAAAAAUUUUGAGGGCAAUUGCACUUAAAGAGGGGUUUCACUUUGAAGAAACACUCCCUGGUUUUAAAUGGAUUGGAAGUAGAGUAAAAGAUCUCCUUGAUAAUGGAAAAGAAGUUCUCUUUGCAUUUGAAGAGUCUAUUGGCUUCAUGUGUGGCACAUCAGUGUUGGAUAAAGAUGGUGUAAGCGCAGCUGUGGUCAUAGCUGAAAUGGCAACCUACCUGGAGGGCAAGAACCUAACACUAGCACAGAAACUCAUUGAGAUAUAUGAAACGUAUGGAUAUCACAUAUCAAAGACUUCCUAUUUCUUGUGCUAUGAUCCUCCUACUAUCAAAAGGAUAUUUGAGAAACUUCGGAACUUCGAUGCCCCUCAGUCUUACCCAAAAUUUUGUGGUAUUUACAAUAUAUUACAUGUACGAGAUAUUACCACUGGCUAUGAUAGCAGCCAGCCGAAUAAGAAAUCGGUGCUGCCAGUGAGUAAAAGCAGUCAGAUGAUCACUUUUACAUUUCAAAACGGUUGCGUUGCCACCCUUCGGACAAGUGGAACAGAACCAAAGAUCAAGUACUACGCAGAGAUGUGUGCGCUGCCCGAACAGAGUGACAGAAGCGUGCUGGAAGAAGAACUUCAGAAGCUGAUUGAAGCUUUGAUUGAGAAUUUUCUUGAACCUGAUAAGAAUGGACUGAUCUGGCGCUCUGCUUAAAUCUCCUGUAACCGGUGUUCAAAGAAGUGACCGCCUGCACUGCGACAUGUGAAACAAAGGAACCAAGAACAGAACUCAGUUUAAUACCUGUGCGUGUAUGUGUGUUAAACAAACAGCUACAUCUUUAUUCUAUAAAGAAGCAGCAUUCUUUUGUCAGGCUUUUCACCGAAGUCUGGGCUAGAAAAUUGGGAUAAGGAGAGGAAGUGAGAGAAAAGGAUGGAAGUUAUUAUUAUAAUUUUCUGUCCUUUUGACCAAAAGAUCAAUUAACCUGCACCAAAGCAAAUUAACUGCUCUGGUAGGUUUAAGGCAGCUGAUCUUAGCCACUAGAUUGUGUCUUAAACUAAUUUCAGGUACCUAAUACCUUUUGUGUGAAAGGUUUUAAAAUGAGGCAGUCGUAUUGUUUGAAGGAAGUGAUCGCUCCAAACUGACAAAAAAGCCUGCUUCUUCCUAGCUGUUGUGCGUGAAUGUAGCUAUCAUUGUUACAGGUCUUAAUUUCCAAAAAUGUUGAAGUAGAGUUCAGUGCUUAGCGUUUCUCGUUUAGGCAGGUUGUUCAAUAUGACAUUUUUCAGCUACUUAAGUAUCCUUCCAUUGUUAAAGGUGCUCUUGGUGCAUUGUAUCUUUCCUGCGCGUAUCUUAAAAUAUUUACUUGACAGUGAAACAAUAGUGGCAACACAUGCAGUUCCACUUGCAGUCUGUGUUUUGAAUUACACAGUGCCUUUCCAAGGCUUCCAAAGGAGUAGAAACUUGCUCAUUCCUUGGUUAAAUUGCCCAUUCUAACUACUAUAGGCAUUGUAACCAUUUUUUGUCUCACAUCUCUGAAGGGACUUAAGCUUUUUUUUAAUAAAGGUUUCAGAAAUUCAGUAACUUUGUAUGAAAACUCCAGUUAGUGACUUUUUUGGGUUUGAUGGCUUGAACUCAUACUGUCUUUGUGUAAAAAUAGGAAGAAAGUGGAGGUGAGACACUGACAUCCUUGAUUUAUUUUUUGUGACUAAAUCAUGAUUUUAUUUUUUUGUCACAGCUGGUAAACUAAUUUCUGUUAGACAGAAGUUUGCAAAUACCUUUAUUAUUUAUCUUUUAGGGCAAAUUUGUAACAACUUUCCAUUAUCUGUUUCCUACCUUUGCUUGAGCAGAAAGUGAUACUGCUAAUCACUUUUUCCAAAAAAUAGACCGAUACAGAAAUUCUCAUGUAGAUGUCUAGGAUUUCAGAAAGUAAAAGCCAUGUUUUGGCACAGAAAAGCUGUGGAAGAUACUUUAACUGAAACAACACUUCAAGAAAAACUGCAUGUUGAUUAACUGAGAAUAAUACUUGUUAAUGUGUGCUACUAAAUUGCUAAUAUAAGCCUUCAGAAUAAAGUCAGUGAUGUUCUGGACAUCUUCCUUGCUAUCACUGUACAGUAAUUAAAUAAAAGAAAUAGGUAAAACCAAACACUUAACCUCUGUUUUGAAGGUUACAUGAGAAGAACCUAAAAUGUGCUUAAGCUAAAGCCAUUGUUUUGCCACUAUUGUUAAAUCUCUACAUUUGUCCUCCAUUUUAUUAUACCCUUACAGCUUGAUGCCACAGGAUUGCGCAGAGUGGUUUUGUAUGUGAUGCACCUAGGUGGCUUUAAAGAGCACCAAGGUUUCUGUGUCUGUGCGGGUAUUGGGUAUUUCAUGCUGACAGAAGCUUUGCACUAUAACUGUGGAUAAGUAUUUUGCUGUAUAUGAAUGUACAUGUACUGCGGAAGGUCUGUGUUGCACAAAUUC